AUAUUUGUCAAUGUAUGUAAAUUUGUUUGACAAUUCAAUAUUAAUUAUUAUUCAAUAUUUCAGUUCGAUGAGUUCCUAAACGUUGCCGUCAUCGUUCGAUACGAUGCGCUUUGUACUAGCUGCACCGUUUAUUUUGUAACACGAUUUUCUACCGUUCUGCUCGAAUAUGUCGUAGUGACGCGUUUGACGCAGUGACCGUCACCGUUGUCGUAUUUACUUGCACAUCGACGUGAAAUAUCCAACGCACGGGGCCACACAAUGGUGUCUCGCAUCCGUCUGUGGGACACCUAACCGCUGAGAUGGAGCUGCACCGCUAGACCGAGGCCCGGCAACCCGGCGAGCCCUCGGGCCCUGGACCCGAAGAACCAAUUGCCUGCGUCAUGUCGUUCGACUUCGAGGAGAUCACCUCGCUGCGCAACGAGUUGCAGAACGUCCGGGAAGUGAUGCGCCUGACCAAAUGCAAUAUCCAAGCGCUGAACGGCACGUUCGCCACCUUUGACCAUCCUCCGCCUAUCUACCUGACCGAGUACCGCGAGCUCACUGUCAAAUUGCAUGAUCUCGAAGCCAAGGAACAGGAACUUCUCGAUCAGGUUGACCAUCCCCGGGAACACCGCAAGACCAGGAGCGAUAAACCUUCUACGCCGCUCGUGCGUACCAUCCGUGCAUUUUUACCAAACAAACAACGCACCACCAUUGAGGUGAAACACGGCGAAACAUUACACAUGGCCCUAGAGAAACGUUUGCAACACCGCAAGAUCCCGUUAAAUGCCUGUGUCGUUUACAGAAAUCGCACGGAUCAUCAGAUACCAUGGGAUACACAGACAUCAGCUAUCGAAUAUGAUGAAAUCCAAGUGAAAAUGUGUUGGUUACCUAUUCAAGCUUCUUUUACGCACGAUUUUUCAAAACGUACAUCAUUUACAACUUGUGAUCAUUGUCGUCAAUUGCUUUUUCAGGGUUACCACUGUCGGUCGUGCGGAUUCAAAUUUCAUGAACGGUGUUCUAUGGGAGUGCCUGUCCUGUGUAUUCCUACUAGAGAUUUAAAUAACAGCAACGAUGGUACUCAUACCAUUUACCAAAAUUCAGCUGGUAUUCUACAGUUAACGUCUGACUAUCAGUCUUCAAGACGUCGAGUUCUUGGUCAUGGUGAAAGGUCGAGUUCAGAACCUAAUGUAUGCCGCAAUAUGGUUAAUAUGAAUUGGGAUGAUUUAGCUGAGUUGAAACGUAGAUCACAAGCACCAUCUAGUGUACCUCAUGGCUUUUUACCUCAUAGUCAAAGUGCCCAAGCUUCUCCUACCAAUGUAUUGAGGCCAAGGCCUCGAGCUAAAAGUGCUGAUGAAAGUGCUACCAAGAAAUUACUCAGAGAUACUGGUCCUCAAGAAUCAUUAGAAGAUUGGGAAAUACCAGAAACAGAUAUACAAAUGGGUGAUUGCAUUGGAUCAGGAUCAUUUGGUACUGUAUAUAAGGCCAAUUGGCAUGGUCCAGUGGCAAUUAAAGCCCUCAAAGUCAAACAACCAACUGCUGCACAGUUGCAAGCAUUUAAAAAUGAAGUAUCUGUAUUGAAGAAAACUAGGCAUGUUAAUGUCUUAUUAUUUAUGGGUGUUAUACGAAAACCAAAUUUAGCUAUUGUAACACAGUGGUGUGAAGGAUCAAGUUUAUAUCGCUGUUUACAUGUAUUAGAAAAAAAAUUUGAAGCCAUGCAGUUGAUAUCUAUUACGGGUCAAACGGCAAUUGGUAUGAAUUAUCUCCAUUCUAAAAGCAUUAUACAUAGGGAUUUGAAAAGUAACAAUAUAUUUUUUAAUGAUUCUGUUGUGAAAAUUGGUGAUUUUGGUUUGGCUACCAUCAAAUCAAAAUGGUCUGGUGGUCAGCAGUACCAUCAACCAUCUGGAUCAAUACUGUGGAUGGCACCUGAAGUAAUUCGUAUGCAAGUGGACAAUCCUUACAGUUUUCAAUCAGAUGUAUAUGCUUAUGGAAUUGUGUUGUAUGAGUUACUUUCUGGUCAAUUGCCUUACACCGAAAUUAAUAACAAAGAUCAGAUCAUAUUCAUGGUUGGCAGGGGCUAUUUGCGACCGGAUUUGAAAAAAGUCAGGUCAGACGCUCCAGCCGAGCUGCGUAAACUGAUGGAAAACUGUAUAAAAUUUGAUAGAGAAGAUAGGCCGAAAUUCAAAGACAUUGCUAUAUCUAUACAGAGCAUAAUACAUGCUAUGCCUAAACUGCAACGGACAACAUCUGAGCCUACAUUAUCCCGGUCUAAUUGGAACGAUGACUAUUUGUACCCGUCCGAAGCAAAUAAUUAUAGAGGAGCUGCUGGCUUCAUUUAAAAUAAUGAAAUUGUAUAAAAAAAAAAUCACAAUUUAUUUUUUUU